CUGGUGAUUGAUUGAUACGGUGAGUGUCACCUUAGCAGACGCCAUCUCCUCGUUACACCAUCUUCCAGAUGAAUAUCUUUAUGACCCAAGUGGCCCUGGCUGCAAGGGCAGACGACGUCAAAAUCGAGCUGGCAAAGAUUCUUCAUAAGCCACCCUUUCCCGAAGACCCUCUAAACUUCGACAUCACUAUUUUCCCCAAAUAUGACUCACGGGGUCGCGUUGGGAUUCUUGCUCUCCCAACAGCCUCAGCCGGCGAGACCUUCCUGCGCUCCUACGGCUCGUCCGGAGUCACUGUCAAAGGUGCUCGCAUUCGUUUCAAACACAGUACGAAGCCCAUUACCCCUGAGAAGAUCACUCAGCUCAACUCCACACCUUGGCAAGACCCGCUGGAAUUGCAAAGGGAACGAGAGAGACUGAUAGACGAGGGAAAACCGUAUCAUUUGACUCAGUUCGCUUUCGGCCACUUUCUUGCAGAUGGGAAGUUCGUUGCCGAAUGCACAGCGGAAGGGGAUGCCGAAGUUGCUUGCGAUCUGGAGCGACGUCAGAUUCGCUUAACACUUCGCAAGCAACGACGACAUCCCGGGUCUGACUCUGACGACAUCGCCUCGAUGCUAGGCAUGGCUUUGUCAUCGGAUGCUGCAGUUUCUGCUUGGUACCCGCCUAGCUGUUUGAGCGACAUCCGGGGAAGUGAUACGACGGACUCCCUCGUGCUUUUCCUUCGGGCAACUACGUUUCCGCUCUUCAAAGUGGAGAAGACGGGGCUUUUGGGUGAUACCAAGGUGUCACGCGCCCAAGGCCUGUUCAUAGACAAGGCGAUGCCUCCAGGCUGUUUCAGCUUGAUGUGUACAUUCAACAGUCGCAAUGAUCGCAACGCGUUUCUCCACGCUUGCCAGUACAGGCUGCGAAUAAACUACACCCCAUUAUCCGACGUACCCGUCAUUCAAAGCGAUACCUCAUACAGCGAGGGUGCUUUCGACGAUUUUCUUGCGAGUCUUCCUUUCGAAGUCGCCUUUGAGGUAGAGAAGGCGAUUACAAACCGUGUUAUUACCAUCGGGGAAGCGAUGUCUCUGCAGGAUCCGUUGACCGAGUUUUCCGAGGCUUCCCAGGACGACGCCGCGACCAUACUACGAAGAUUUGUAGCUGAUUUGGAAGAACAGGGCUCGGCACGUCGCCGCCGUCGUAGGAGACGUCGCCGGAAUGCGGCUGACCCUUCUUUGGCUGCGCGUCUCAGGCAAGCUCGCCUUGAUUACAUCGCAGAACAGCAGAGACCAAGGGGGAGACUUCAACCAUCGAAGUCUGCCCCUUCGUACACCUUCCAAUUGGUUUUGACGCCGACUAGACACAUCUUGGAGGGUCCAAUUGCUGAUCAGUCAAACAGCGUUCUUCGCCGCUUCGGAAGCAGUGAAUAUUUCCUUCGUGUUUCCUUCCAAGAUGAGAACCGUUCGAAGCUACGAGGAGAUUUCGAAACGUCCAUCAAUGAAUUACUAGCGAGGCGUUACCGCCCGGUCCUGCUCAACGGCUGUCGGGUAGCGGGACGGACGUUUCAAUUCCUUGGUUAUUCGAUGAGCGGCCUCCGCGAACAUUCCAUGUGGUUUGUCGUACCAUUUAAAGAUGUAGAUGAUAAAUCAUGGGACGCUGAGGCUAUCAGGAAGAGCCUGGGAGACUUCUCGCAACUCCUAUAUCAGCCGGCGAGACUUGGAGCCCGCUGGUCUCAGGCGUUUUCCGCUACCGACCCAUCAGUAGUUAUUCAACCCGACGAGAUUCUGAAAAUUGACGACAGGAGGUCACCGUCGGGAACUGUUAUGACGGAUGGAUGCAGUCCAAUAUCCACCGAUCUCUUGCGUGACAUUUGGAAGGGGUAUUCGCGAAACAAGAAAUACGGCUCGAAAUGUACUCGUCCUGCCGCCUUACAGUUUCGCUUGGGGGGUGCAAAGGGAAUGGUUGUCGAGGAUCCCACUUUGGUCGGUAAAGUGGUCUGUCUUCGCCCCUCUCAGAUCAAAUUCGACGCACCGGAAAACCGUACGUUCGAUAUUCAAGCCACCUCCUUGCGACCAAAGGCCAUGUUCCUCAACCGACCACUCAUUGCCCUGCUGGAGUACCUUGGUGCGAGCUCCGAGCACAUUCUUCGACUGCAAUCAAAUGCCAUCUCCGAAGCUCAAUCCCUCCGCCAUUCGCUCACUGACGCAUCCAGAGUACUUCAGCAGCAUGGGCUGGGCUCUUCUUUUAAACUCCCGUCGUUAGUCCAGAACAUCAAAACUGUACUUUAUCUAGACUUCCAGACGGAAGAUGGAGAAGAAGGUUACCACAGUGACUUGCUGCUCAAUUCGUUGGCCUGUGCUGAAACGCACGUAUUGCGCGAACUGAAGUAUCGGGGUCAUAUUGCUGUGCCCGGUUCAUUUACGCUUUAUGGGGUGUCAGACGAGUGGAAUUGCCUGGACGAAGGCGAGAUAUAUGCCACUGUUUUGGAUGAGAAGAAGGGCACCAGGACGGAGAUCACCGGUUGUGUUGCCAUAACCCGUAGCCCUCAAAUCCAUCCAGGCGAUGUCCAGCUCGUAACUGCAGUUAGGCGCCCGCAAUUGGAGCACUUGACGAACGUAGUUGUAUUUUCGUGCAAGGGUGACAGACCACUGGCUUCUUGUCUGGGCGGCGGAGACCUUGAUGGGGACGACUUUAAUGUCAUCCUAGACCCUCUUCUGCUUCCCGUGAUACAAUGCAUACCCGGAGCGUAUCAAUCGCUUGGAAUCAAACAGACGCCGCAUCCCUGCGGAAUUUCGGAUGUUGUAGACUUUGUUUUCGACUACAUCGAGUCAGACCUAGUAGGACAGAUCUCGAUAAUGCAUUUAAGAUUUGCCGAUCUCAAGGAUCCGAGCUGCGAAGAAUGCCUGAAACUUGCAGAACAUGGUUCUCACGCGGUCGACUUUCCAAAAACCGGAACACCUGUGAGAUUCCAGGACAUACCACGACUCAAGGAUGUGCCCAAGCCCGACUUCCUGGCACAUGAGGGCCGGGAUUCGACGACCGACCAGUUUUACCACAGCGAGAAACUUCUCGGACUGCUGUAUCGCAAGGUCCCUCUUAACCCAUGGACUCCCCGGGAAUGGAAUCAAGCAGACUCUCCCUCUCAAGGAGAUAUGAUCGAACAGGCGUUACGUGGAGUUGGACUGUACGGCCUUGGUCUUCCUUCUUUGCAGGUACCACCUCCAGAGCUAUACGAUGAAAUGCGAUACCUCCUGGACGAGUAUUGUGACCAACUGAGCGCCAUUGCAAAGUCUCACACUCUUUCUAAAAACAAAGACAUUUGGGUUACAGAGGCUGAACUCGUCAGUGGGACACUCAUGGCUACGUGGUCGGAUCAUCACCGACGUAGAGAAGCUGUCGCAGCCAUGAAUCGGCAAACCUAUGAGCUUGUCCGCGCUGUACGGGCUGAACUACGAGCCAGAGAAACAGGGCUCGAAUUUGACGAGGAGGAAGACUUUGAUGAAUACUAUUAUGAGGAAGAGGAUGAAGACGAUUUCUAUCGAGAGAUCCGGGUGAUAGCCAACCAUUUCCGUCGUGCAUGUGCGGCAUGGUACGUUGCGGAGGAGGCACUGCGCGAAUACCCGGCUUCGUACGGGCCACAGAGUUUCGGAUUCAUAGCUCUCGGAUGGAUGCUGGAGCUGAUCAAGGCGGCGAAGUACUUGCAGUGAAUGGGAUAUUGUUGGUCAGCUUGGAUUUCAUUUUGGAACUCAUUCCGUUUACCUGCUUCGUUGUGUAAAAUAUACCUGGUUGUUUUGUCGGAACAAAUGACCUACCUGGCUAUGGUUCAAGUCAAGAGUCCGAGUACACGCCCAAGUUUACGAAUAACGCGUUCAUCUGAUCGGUACAGAAAUUUAAUGUUCCAUCUCGACAUGUAGGAUCUCCACCGCCACCCCCAGGGUGUGGAACAUGGAGAAUCUUCA